GGAAUAGUUUCUGAUCUUAUUUUGUAGUAGGAUUGAGGGGGUGUGAAAGAAGCAGGAUGAGGCUGUUAAGAACUCUACAGUUUUUGUUUCUGAGUUUUCUUAUUUUUUCACUAACUUGUGCUAAUUUUUCCGACUUUGCUACAGAAGAGCCAGUGACUACAUUGGUCCAAAAUGCUGAAUCUGAAACCUUCUCUCCUAGAGAGGAUUUCUUUCCCAGUUUUUGGCAACCCAUCACGGUGCAGUGUGGAGAAGAUGAAAUGAUGAUACAGGUUCAUCGAGAUCUCUUUCAGACCGGCCACUUUAUCCAAGCAAAGGAUCUCAGCAUUGGGCCACAAGCCUGCCAUUACUCUAUUGUUAAUGAGUCUGUUACCUUGAUUAUCUUCAAAGUGGAGCUCCAUGAGUGUAUCCAAAACUUGCAGGAACUUGACUUCAUGCUCUACAAUGUUAGCCUGUACUAUAAGCCGGACUCUACAAGCAACCUGACAACUGUUAAGAGUGCAGAGGAGUUCCCCAUUACUUGCCACUACUCAUGGUAAGAAGUGUUGUCUAUGUUUGUUGUCCACUUGCUCACUUGCAUCAUGUCAUCAUGUCAUUAAGUGACACACUUUUGUUUCAGGAAAAAUGAUGCAAGCAGUAAUGCCAUCCAAACCACCAGGGUACCUUUUACUUCAGCAAUGUUUGAGAAAGGAAAGCAGUACUUUUCCU